AUUCAUAAGGCAUUAGGGCCCUGAAAAACGUGUAGUGUUAGUCACCAAACUCCAAUCCAAAUCCAAGAGGACGGUUCGCGUUCUCCAAAAUUGGUGCCACUGCCAACUGUCUAGUACUUACUAACAUUACACGAGACGUGGCAGUUUCCUCUUGUUUUAGCUUCGCGAGAGGAAGUACACACUCAAAGCUGCUACACAUUGAUCAAAUCAAUGGCUCAUUGGUUGCAGCUUCCCAUUUUUUCAAACAGAUGGUGUUCAACGUAUUCCCAUGAUUUUCCCUAAACUUGUUUGCUCCACAUAUCAAUGACGAGGAAUGCCUUCGCCGCUCUCUACCGUCACCGCGCCGCCAUUCCUUCGUCCGCAUAUUUGCAUCAUGAGAGUUUCACUGAAAUUAUCUUACGAAAAUGCGUGCCGUUGGAUUGCCGGUCUUUGUCGUACUUAUUGCACCGAAAUUCAUAUUCAACCGGUUUCACUAGCGUGCAUGGUGAAACACCUUCUGCUGAGUAUGCGAGAAUGAGGAGGGAAUCGUUGGAAAAUAAAUUCGGACAUGCUCUUGGAACUUAUAGCUCUAAGAGUUUCAAUGCUAUAUACCGAUUCGGCCCCUUUUUGGCUCUGUACAGAGCGGCAAUUAUUUCGUUUCAUGUGUUAAGGCUAUCGAUAUGGCGGUUGUUCGUUCAUGACAUUGAAAAACGUGCUGUUAUGUUUCGUGAAACUCUAAUACGAUUGGGUCCUUUCUACAUAAAGCUUGGGCAGGCAUUGAGCACCAGGCCUGACAUACUACCUACAGUAUAUUGUCAAGAACUUGCUAAGUUACAGGAUCAAAUACCUCCAUUUCCAACUGAUGUUGCAAUCAGAUCUAUUGAAAACCAACUGGGUGUUUCUAUUGAUGAAAUUUUUAGUGACAUCACUCCUGCACCUAUUGCAGCAGCAUCCUUAGGGCAAGUAUAUAAAGCUCACCUGCAUUCUGGAGAGCUGGUAGCUGUAAAAGUACAGAGGCCUGGUAUGUCACUUUCAUUGACCCUUGAUGCUUUGUUAUUCCAUAUGAUUGGGGGACAAUUAAAACGGUUUGCCAAGGCUCGCAAAGAUCUUUUAGUGGCAGUAAAUGAAAUGGUAAGGCACAUGUUUGAUGAAAUUGAUUAUGUCCUUGAGGGAAAAAAUGCUGAGCGCUUUGCUUCUCUCUACUGUGUGUCUGCAAAUACAUUGAUACAAAAAAAUGCAGGUGGGGUCAAACACAAAAGAACGAUGUCCAUUAAAGCUCCAAAAAUUUAUUGGGACUAUACAUGCCCCACUGUGCUGACUAUGGAGUGGAUAGAUGGAAUUAAGCUUACGGAUGAAACUGGCUUGAAUAAAGCUUAUUUGAACAGAAGGGAACUCAUUGACCAGGGUUUAUACUGCUCUUUGAGGCAACUGCUUGAGGUUGGUUAUUUCCACGCUGACCCUCAUCCUGGAAACCUUGUUGCAAUAAAUGAUGGAUCACUUGCCUAUUUUGACUUUGGAAUGAUGGGGGAUAUUCCAAGGCAUUACCGGAUUGGACUAAUUCAAAUGAUUGUGCACUUUGUUAAUCGUGACUCUCUGAGCUUGGCAAAUGACUUUCUUUCUUUGGGAUUCAUUCCUGAAGGGGUUGAUAUACAUUCAGUUUCUGAUGCACUGCAAGCAUCAUUUGCUGAUCGGACCAGUGAAUCUCAAGAUUUCCAGGGAAUUAUGAACCAACUAUACGAUGUCAUGUAUGAAUUUAACUUCUCCCUCCCACCAGACUAUGCUCUUGUGAUAAGAGCAUUGGGAUCACUAGAAGGCACAGCUAAAGUUCUGGAUCCUGAUUUUAAAGUCAUUGAGAGUGCAUAUCCUUUUGUCAUUGGCAGACUUAUAGCUGACCCAAGUCCUGAUAUGAGAAGAAUUUUGAGAGAACUUCUCAUUCGUAACAAUGGAUCCAUAAGGUGGAACCGGCUAGAACGUCUGGUAGCAGCAAUAUCUGAACAAGCCUCUGAGAUAACUGGAGAGCUUAGUUCUGAAAAGUUUUCAAAUUCUUCUGUUUGGAAAUUAUUUGACACGCAUGCUGUUGUUGAUUCCACUGAAGAUCUUCUAUUAUUCAUAUUAUCUGACAAGGGUCUUAGAGUGCGCCUUUUCCUUCUUCGGGAUAUAGUAGAAGCAGCUGAUGCAUUUCUGCAAGAUGAAGUGAUUGAUUGCGUAUUAAAUGAGAAUCCUCAAGGCCAGAGGACAUUACUAUUUGAGGAGCGUGCUAUCCUCGCUAGGAUUGGAAAAGGCUUUCGAUACCUUUGUGAGGUGGUGAAGUUGGCACCAGGGGAGUGGACAACAAUGCUUAUUCGGAUAGCAGUGAAGCCCGAGGUUCACAAAUUUGCUUUAGACAUAAUUUCAGCUUUAGCUUUACAUUCUAACCACAAAUUACGGGUAGCUUUUUGGCUCUAUUUUUCAAAACUUCUUCAUAAAUUGUCAGAUUGAGAUAGAAAUAUAGCAGUUUACAUUCGCGGAUUAGAAAUGAGCGAAUGUUUCCUCAACAUAUUCUAUUAUUCUUAGC